GGAUUUUACUAAAGUUUUUUUUUUCUUGCCUUCGUCUCGGUCUCGGAAGAAGACAUCCAAAAAAUUUACUCCACCGCAGAAGCUUGAUCUGGUUCGAAAGAUAUCUGCAGAUUCGCGACCGGGUUUUUGUGCGCCACAACAUCCACGGCAGCAUGGAACGCUAGUUACGCUCGGCGACCCUCCCGUACCCACCGAUACGAUAUCCAUUGUUGGCAGAAAAGACAAACCGGGAGGAAUUGAUCCUCUGUUGCGGCAGCCGGAUUGAAGAAAAAAUCCUGUCAAAUAAAACGAAGAGUGGAUCAAUUUGGUGUUCUUUUUAGUUGAUUAUUGUUGUUCCACCUACAUCUAGAAGUGCUAGUGAGUGUUUCGAUUCGUGUGUGCGGUUUUGUUUUUAGAUCAUCCGAUAUCUGACUACGAAAGGUCGGGGCGACGAUGGAAGGGCUGGUCGAAAACUCGUUAAAUCCUCCCUGCCGGUUCUACUGUCAUUCGUGCUCGGUGGAAAUUGAUCGGGUAUCAUCGGAUUUCACCUGUCCACACUGCUCGCAAGGUUUCAUUGAGGAGCUGCCAGCUGCUGAUCGAAGUAACAAUCCACCGUCUCCCCCGCCAGCUGGCUCAGAUGGCGAUAUGCAGACGAACGAUUUCAUCAAUCCACAGGCAAUAAGACUGGCCAGCGAAAUUUUCAGCAACAGCAUCUUGUCCCCGUUGUUGCUAUCAACCUCGAGUGGACCCCGUGGUCCCGAUUCCGAUGGGGUAGGUGCGCUCGGUGAUGAUGGCGGUGAGGCACCGGGUGCCGUAGGUGCAUCCGGUGGUGGAGGAUCAGGCUCGAUUAGAAGCCUUGGACGGCACCGGAACAGGCGCCGUGGUAUGCAGAAUAUCAACAAUCUGGACAAUAUCCUGCGGGAGAUUUUGAUUUCGGUAGCAGACGGUGCCAAUGGAGGAGUCGGUGGGACACCGAUGUUCUUCAUGGGGAAUCCCGGAGAUUAUGCCUGGGGUCGGGAAGGACUGGACACGAUCGUGACACAGUUGCUCAAUCAGAUGGACAACACGGGGCCACCCCCGCUGGAGAAGGAAAAGAUUGCUGAGAUUCCAAAGGUUACGAUCAGUGCCGAGCAGGUGGAAAUGAAGCUACAGUGUUCGGUCUGUUGGGAAGAUUUUCAGAUCAAUGAAGUCGUCCGGAAGCUGACCUGUGCUCACGUCUAUCAUGAAUCAUGUAUCAUUCCUUGGUUGGAGUUGCAUGGCACGUGCCCAAUUUGCCGAAAAAGUCUGGCACCGGAACAGCAACCGGAUGAACAGCGAGGCCUAGCAGCUGCAGCGAAUGCCGUUGCCAACACGUUACGAUCACUGCAUUCGGAUGCGUUCCCCGGUGGCGCUAGCCAUUCUUCAUCUUCCUCCGUCGACGAGGGAGGUCCAUCCUCUAGUCUACUGGUCGAUCUUGGCCAGCCGAUAUUUUCCUUCAACGCAAGCGGUGGCAACAGUGCAGGUGCAGGUGGUGGCAGUGUUAGCGUCAAUUUAGGAAAUCCUAGAUCUACAAGUUUGAACACGACGCGCGUAAGCAAUGCCAGCUCUGCGUCCCCAGCAUCCACCUCCGCGGCCAACAAUGCGGCUUCAACGUCAGCGGCCGGUACCGGAAGUAGUAGUUCGGGCAAUUCCGGCGCAAACAGCAGGUACCGUGACGACGAUGGUAAUAUUGAUUAUGAUUUUGAUUAAUGGCAGAAGCUAUGGUGGUUGCGAGGAAUGCUUUUUACCAAAAACUGUUUUGAUUUAUCGUUUUUCGUUUCGUUUCGGACCGUUCACACAGCUUCAGGUGCCCCAAGGGAGCACGGUGGUAAUUUGUAGAUUUUUCAGAAUCCUCCACCCCCGUUUUGUAUACAAAAAUAUCCAAACACCAUAACUAGUUAACUAAUAAUGGCAAUGUAUUUUUUUUUAAGAACUUCUGUUUUUAAUACCUUGUUCUAGGGAAAGAUUGCACAUGCCAUUCAUUCAAGAAUAAAUAGUGUUUCAUACCAGAUUGGUUAUCGUGGAGUUUCGUUUGAAAAAAAAAUAGCUGCAAAACGCACCUCUUCCAGUUAUUUUAAACCGAUCUCAUUUUGGUAUUUCAAGAACUGUAUCGCCUGGUAAAACCAUUCUCUGUGACAU